CCACAUUUUCAGAAUAGCGAGGCAACACAUCGAGAAAGCACCAGCUCUAAUCAAUGUCGACCAAGCCAAGGUUGGAGGGUAAGGUGGCCAUAGUAACCGGAGGAGCCAGUGGGAUCGGAGAAAAGUCGGUGAAAUUAUUUGCCGAAAAUGGAGCAGCAGUGGUCAUAGCGGACGUCCAAGAUGAACUGGGUCACCAACUCGCAGCCUUGUUAGCCCCAUAUCAAGUGAGUUACCAUCACUGUGAUGUCAGAGACGAGAAACAGGUGCAGCAGACUAUAGCUUUCGCCGUCGACAAAUACGGCCGCCUGGACGUCAUGUUUAGCAACGCCGGCAUCGUAGGCUCCAUGGCUGGCAUACUGGACCUAGACCUCACCACAUUUGACAACACCAUGGCCGUCAACGUCCGUGGGGUGGCCGCCACCAUCAAGCACGCGGCUCGAGCCAUGGUGGCUCGUAACAUCCGUGGCUCCAUAAUCUGCACGGCCAGCGUGGCUGGUUGUGUGGCCGGAUGUGGGCCCCAUGCUUACACCCCAUCGAAGCAUGCUCUCGUGGGCCUCGUCCGCUCUGCUUGUGGCGAGCUCGGAGCUUAUGGGAUCAGAGUGAACUGCGUGUCGCCAUAUGCAGUCGCCACACCUAUGGCAUGUGAAGCGCUUAAUAAGGGGGAAGAUGAAGUUGAAGCCAUUGCCAAUUCUUCCGCUAACAUGAAGGGCAUUUCAUUGAAGGCGACCCAUAUUGCUGAAGCUGCCCUCUUUCUUGCUUCUGAUGAAUCUGUGUAUAUCAGUGGACAUAACCUGGUCGUCGACGGAGGCUUCACUGCCGUUAAUCGCUUUGUUCCUGGAGACCUUUCAUGAAACUUUGGCUUUUUGCCUCGGUUAUACCAUCAUGGAUAUAUUAUUCUCUAAUCAUCCCCCUUAGCGUUGCUGUACUACUUCCCUGAAUAAAUCCAUGACUCAUCAAUAUAUAAUAAUUAGCCCCAGAGUUUUAUUUUACUCGGAAUAAAUCCACACACCGAAUGAAGUUCGGUAGGCAUGAUUUUUUUUUUU